AUGGCUCGAUUCGCACACUACCCCUCCACCAUCCCUGCCGCCUCGCUCGACGGGCCUGCACCCUUCCUCCUCAUCCUGGCACCUCUGGACCGAGGAUGCACGGGCCUCAGCACCAACCUGGCCGAAGAGGGUGGAAAGGCGCUGGCCAAGGCUGUGCUUCAACGUCUGUCCGACGAGGGGAUCGAGUGGCCGCAGUGGAACGCAAUCAUCACCGUCGGACUGCGCGGCGACGACGGCAGCGUAGUCCGCCACCUGCAGGACCUGUGCCCGGGAUCCGUUGGCGGGUGGGUCCACUACGGUCCCCUUUUCACCGGCUCCUCCGACUUCCCCCUGCCCACGUCUCAAUCGGCGCCGGCGCUCUACCACCUCGGAUCGCACCAGUCGACAUUGCUGGCGCACCUGACCAAGCUGGGCGACGACGGCACGAUACCGCGCGAGAGCUUCCCGUUCAACCCGUCCUGGCCGUCGUCGUCGCUGCGCGGCCAAGUCGGCCCAUCGCGCCCGGCAGCGGCCACCUUCUAUCAUUACGAGUCGGUCAGCGCCACGUCGGCGGCCGAUUGGGCGUUCUCCUACCCGUUCUCGGACCACACGCGGCCCUUUGCCUUUUCACCGCCGCGCACCGAUGCGGACCGUUCGGCGGCGUCGCUGUGCUACACGCGCACCCUCGCCUUCCUCAAGGCCCAAAUCGGACCGCGCUUCCCCCUCGAGUCGAUCUGGGACCGCCACACGUACUUCGAGUUUGCCACCAAGGAUUCGGCGGCCACCAUGUCGACCAUGGUGCCCUCGCCCUACGUCAACCACGUCGCCACACUGACGGGCGGGAGCGGGUACGAUGAGCUGGCGCGCUUCUACGAGCACCACUUUACCCGCGCCUCUCCGCCCGAUACGCGGUUGCUGCCCGUCUCGAGGACGGUGGGGUCCGAUCGCAUCGUCGACGAAAUGGUCUUCGAGUGCACCCACACGACCGAGAUCGAGUACUUCCUCCCCGGCGUUGCCCCAACCGGCAAACGCCUCCGCAUCGCCAUGGUGGGCAUCAUCAAUAUCCGCGGUGAUAAGCUCGCCUUUGAGAGCCUGUACUGGGAUCAGGCCAGCACACUUGCCCAGCUCGGCCUGCUCCCCAGCGGCGGCAGCAGCGGCGGCGCCGGAGGCGGCAGCCUGCCCAUCGCAGCGGGUGAGGUCGCGCAGAAGGUCCUCGACCCCUACGGCCAACCCAGUAACCUCCUCCUCACGCGGUGGAAGCACAGCGAAAACCUCCCCGUCCCCCCCAAGUGGACGGCGCCGCCACAGUCGUGA